AUGGUUAGCACACGCAGCAGUCACCCAAAUGGUGAUCAAAAUACAAAUGAAUCUUAUAAAGAUCGACAUAUAAAAAAAGUUGUUAAUUAUGAACAAGACUCAUCAAACGAUUCUUUUGGAAAUUCCAAAGCACCAUCACGUACUCGUCGUAUUUUAAGAAAACGAACAGUUCCAAACUAUCGAAAUGCAUUUGAUUAUAUGGACGAAGAUGAUGAUCAUGACGAACCUAUUGGACGUCGUCGACGUCGAGAUACGCGUCGCAAUGCUCGGACAUUAAUUGAUAGAUCCAAUAGUGGUUCGCCAACUACCGGUCGAUUUCCGAAGAAAGCUCGAUCAUCUAAUUUAAGUAUGUAUGAUCGUGUGAAAAAUCGUCGAAAAUCCAUGGAUCCUGACGUAUAUUCUGAAGAACGUGAAGAAAAUGAUAAUAAUGAACAACAACAAGAAGAACAUGAUCAAAAUAAUGAAAAUGAUAAUGAAAGAAAAACAAACAAUAAUAAUAAGAAUAAUGAGCAAACUCAUCAAAAUGGCGAUGGUGAUACAACGGAAGACAAUACUAUGGAUGUUUUACAUCACGACGAAGAAGACGAGGACGAAGGCGAAGAAGAGGAAGAAGAAGAAGAAGAAGAAAAUAAUCAACAAAAAGCAAAAUAUUCUUUGAGAGAACGAAAACCACCGAUUCAAAAAUUUCCUUUAUAUGAACAACCAAGACCAAGACGAAAAACGAUAUACUAUGAUGAUGAUGAUGAACGACCCACGGGAUCUCGUCGAUCAAGACGACAAAGACGGCGUGUUUCUGCUCAUGCUUCAAGUUCGUCUACAUCAGAUUCAUCAUCAGAUAGUGAAGGAAAUGGACCUUUAACUAACGGCGAUCUUGAUUCUCGGCCUGAACGCACUGCGCGUUUAGCUAAAAGCACUGCAUUAAAACGAAUGAGAUGUCUACCAACAAAUCUAGAUAUACUUGGUGUUUAUACUAAUUCUAAAAAACCAAGUACUAGAACAUCGAAUGGUGGUGCCGGCAGUGGUAUUGGUGCAUUGAAUAUCGAUUUAAAUAGUAAAGGUCGACGCACAAAUAAUAAUGCUGUGUCAUUAGCUGAUGCUGAAUCAAUUGAAAUCGAUCGAACGAUUACUUUUGAUGAUAUUGGUGGCCUUGAUUCAAUAAUUUGUUCGUUAAAAGAAAUGAUUGUUCUUCCACUAGUCUAUCCAGAAGUAUUUCAACAUUAUAAAAUAAAACCACCACGCGGUGUUCUUUUCUAUGGUCCACCGGGUACUGGCAAAACACUAGUCGCAAGAGCACUUGUCAAUGAAUGUUCAUCACCUGAUCGUCGUAUAUCAUUUUUUAUGCGUAAAGGUGCUGAUUGUUUGUGUAAAUAUGUCGGUGAAAGUGAAAGACAAUUACGUGUUCUAUUUGAACAAGCUUAUCAACAACGGCCAUCAAUCAUAUUUUUCGAUGAAAUCGAUGGUCUAGCACCAGUACGUUCAGCUCGACAAGAUCAAAUUCAUGCAUCGAUCGUUUCAACAUUACUUGCACUGAUGGAUGGUCUUGAUAAUCGUGGUGAAGUUGUUGUUAUUGGAGCAACAAAUCGUUUGGAUGCUAUUGAUCCAGCAUUGAGACGACCAGGACGAUUCGAUAGGGAAUUUCGUUUUUCUUUACCAACGCUUGACGCAAGAAAGCAAAUUUUAAAAAUUCAUAUGAAAGAAUGGGAAUCAAAACCACAUGAGGGCUUUAUCGAUGAAUUGGCUAUUAGAACUGCAAGUUUUUGUGGUGCUGAUUUAAAAAGUCUAUGUCAAGAAGCAUUUCUAUCAGCAUUACGUCGACGUUUUCCACAGAUUUAUAAUUCACGACAAAAAUAUAAAAUUGAUCCGCGUUCAUUACAUUUAUCACGUGGAGAUUUUUAUUCAGCAUUGCAUCGUAUUGUACCUGCAUCUCAUCGUGGUUGUCAACAUCCUGUUGGUCGUCCAUUGGAUAUACAUUUAAUGCCAUUAUUAAGCGAACAACUUGAUAAAUGUUUAAAUCAAUUAAAUGAAUUAUUUUUCAAACGUACAAUUCUAAGUAAAAAUUCAAAUUCAAUGCCAUUUCAAAGUAUUAGCGAUGACCUAACAUCGACAUCAGCAUUAUUGAAGAAGGCUUCAUCAUUGGGUUUGACAACAUCGUUUGCAUCAAGUUCACAUCGAAGUGCAACAUUUACAAUGAAAAGUACAUCUGACAAUGGUUUAUGUCGAUUUUUCGCACCAGCUGUUGUUCAACAACUUGACUGUGCAUUUUUCAUAUUUGAACUUGGUUAUCUUCAUGCUCAAACAUCACGUACACCUGAAGAAGCUUGUGCUCAGCUGUUUACGGAAGCACGCCGAAGCGCUCCAGCUAUUAUCUAUGUACCAGAUAUUGAUAAUCUUUGGCCUAAAUUAUCUGAAUCUGUACAAUAUAUGUUUGUCUCUAAUGUACGGACAUUACCACCAAACUUACCCAUAUUAAUUUUAAUUGCACUUGAAACAGAUUCAUUUGAUGAUAUUCAUCCAGAUAUAAGUCAGAUUAUUUCUCCAAAAUCAACAUUCACAUUAUCAGUACCAAAUUCUCAAGAUCGCUAUGCUUUCUUUGCUCCACUAUUCCACGAAGAAAUGUUUUCAUCUUUAACUACAACAGAAACUGCCAAAGAGCCAAUUCAAGAAGUCUUGGAACUCGCUGAGCCAGCACCAGUCUCUCUUGCACGUACUCAACAAGAAUUAGAACGUUUACAGUUACGUGAGGAAGCAACAAUGACUGAACUUCGUGUUUUUCUUCGCGAUAUGUUAAAAGUCCUAUUGCGUGAUAAACGUUUUACAUACUUUUCACGACCAAUCGAUGUUGAAGAUGUGCCAGAUUAUUAUGAUGUUAUCGAAAGUCCAAUGACAUUUUCAAUGAUGCUCGAGAAAGUUGAUAAGCAUGGUUAUUCAUCUGUGAAACAGUUUACACAAGAUAUUGAUUUGAUUGUUUCAAAUGCUUUACUCUACAAUCCAGAUCAUACAACACAAGGACGAUUAAUUCGCCAUCGAGCUUGUGAAUUACGUGAUGUUUGUCAAUUUCAUAUUAAUGCUGAACUUGAUAUGGACUUUGAAUUACUAUGUCAACAAGUUACGGAAGCACGAAAACAACGAGGUGAUGAUCCGAGAGCAUCUCUUCCUGAUUAUGUAUUUACUGACCAAGCAGUUUCAGCAGCAGCAGCAGCAGCAAGUGAUAUUAAUAAUCAAGAUAAUGAAAAUGCUUCACAAAAUGAUACGGAACAUCAAAUGGAUUUAACAAAUAAAACUUUAAAUAAUACAACUGAUCAAUCUGAUGCGCCAUUAGAUACUUCAACGAUAUCAACAAGAAACUCAUCGAGAAGAAGCAAAAGUAAUGUUAGUCAACGUUCAACAUUAACAAGAAAACAAGCCAAAGAAAAAGAAUUAGUUAAUGGACACAAUGAAGAAACUGUUCUCUCGGCUGAAGAUGCAGGAUCAGCACCAGCUACAACUGAAGCAUCAACAAAACCACCAACGCCAACACACAAUACGACUGAGUCCAUCGCGACAGCAACAAAUCAAUCGUCAAGUUCAUCAUCACCUUCACUAGAACACUCUAAUAAAAAACGUGUUAAACGAACAGUAUCUUCUACUUCCUUAUCACCAUCGAAAUUGACAUCCGUAGAUGAUACGUCAACAGAUACAAAAGCUAAACGACAACGAACUGAAGAACCAUCUGUUAAAACUAUUGAAUCAGCACCAGUCAAUAUUGAACAAAAUGAAAUUUCAAGGAAACAAGUUGAUAUUGAACGUCUUGAAUCAAAUUUAAAUUAUCUUGUUGAACAUACAAAUAAUUAUGCUGUCGAAAAAUUAAGUCAAGUUUGGUUUGAAUUAUUCGAUAUAAUCGAAUCAUGUCGAUCGCUGCCAUCAGAUGAAUUAAUCUUUGAAAAGCUCGAAAGAAAUCUUCGUUCAAUUCUGUAA